AGUACCCAAAAAAAAUAUUCUAUGUUUCAAUAAUGAUUAACACCACAAAUCUUCGCAAACCAACAAAAUGUUAACUGACGACCCGGAGAAGAAGAAUGAAUUUUUAAAUGCUGCAAAAUCAGCAAGAGAAGAAAGAGCUGCAAAGAAAUUACAAGAAGAUGCAGCGAUUAGAAUACAAUCUUUUGUUAGAGGAUCUCUUAGUCGAAAGAAAACCUAUUCCACACUUAGAGAUGAGAUCGAUAGUUAUUUGAAAGUACGUCAAGGAUCACUUGAUUAUAAUCCAUCACAGUUUGGCUCAGCUCUCUCAACUUAUAACCAUCUGAGUAAGCUUCUCUUCGUUUUUAAGCAGGAAAAAGAUUUAUUCAGAUUUCAAUGCUUCUGCAAAUAUUUACUGGCCAGCAUAUUACAGAGUACACUUAAAGUCAAUUAUAUACCUUUGGCAAUGCCAAAGACACAUUUCGUUUUAUGGAUUGAACAAGCAAAAAAAGUACUAUUGAAGUGUUGUCAAAUAACAGAAAUUUUAAAGCCAGAUGUUGCUAAGGAGUUGUGCGCAAUUACUGUAUUUAUUAAUACUAUUUUCAGCUUCACAAGCACAUCUACUUGGAAAGUAUUUAAAGAUAACGAAAAUGCUCAACUAAAAAGUAGCAUUGAUAAAAUUUGUUCCAACAUCUUAGCAUAUUUGUAUGAUAAAGGAUUAUUUCUUAGCCUUCAAAUUGUUCUGAAAAGAGCGUGUUCUAGAAGCAAGCCGUUUUUUAAUAACGCUUUGCUCUCUGUUUGUGUGACGAUUGGUUUAAGACGCGUGCAGCUGACAAACGACGAAUCAACAGCUUCCCAGUUUUUAUUAAGAUUUGUUUCAACUCCUGCAUUAUUCUUUCAUUUAAAAGCAGGAAGUGAAAAGAUUUUUAACCAAAUAAAAACUUUAAAUCUGCUGGAUAGUAUGGUUGAAAUAUUGAAAAAUGACCAAAGCAGAAAAAUUGUGUUUUAUUCACUUGAUGAAAAUUAUAAAUUAUGUUUGCUUGCUAAUCUUGUUGACAUUGCCCUUUACUCCAAUGACUUUCUGGGAACCAGAGCUGAAAGUAUUGCUAAAAUUGUCAUAGAUAUUCUACAACAAUGUGGAAAAUACACUCAGAAUAAAAAGUCAAAUUUAUGUAAUUGGCAUCCCAUUUUGGGUUGGUUUUCUCAAUCGGUGGACCAAAGCAUUCAAGAAGCGAUGCCACUAGUUAAUAUACAGCUACAGCAACUAUGGAAAGCAUCUGCAAUAAAGCAAUUUUUUGAAUUGUUGCUUUUAACUGAUCACGCACAAAUUGGAUGCGUCUCUCCUAACAGACAAGGAAGUCAAUCGAAGGAAACAAAAAAUAUUUUUCAAAAGAUACGUGAAAAAGCUAACAAAGUUUCAUCUUCGAAUAUAGCUGGCUUAAAAUUAGAAUCACCUUUGUGUAAGCUCUGCAGAAUAGUAUGCCAAAUGUAUCAGACAGCUCUUUUAGCCUUGUCUCAAUUAAAAUUAGACAUAUUAUCAAGUUUGAGCAAUAAUAAUAAUCCUGAUUUGAUAACCAAGUUAUGGUGUGUUGUGUUAACACCUGGAGUAAAUCCUGCUGCAAAAGCCUACACCGAUCUUAUGAGUAUGAGCAGAUGCGGUGAUGAGUUUUCAAUUUUACUACUUGCUUGUGAAGUAUCGAGCCAUUUGAUGAUUAUUUUGGAUGAUGGAGAGCUCUACGAACGGCAAACACCGUUUACCUUAGAUUUACUUGGCUCGAUAUCUGAUUUCCUAAAUCAAUUGUGCUUUAAACUCAUUUGGAGCGGAAAUAUCAAAGUAGGAGAAGCAGAGGAAAGCGAUUUAUUCAAGUCAUUGCAUUCUCUGUUAAUGCUUAUAUAUGAGAGAAAUUGUAGGAGGGCUUUUGUUAGCGAUGAACAUUGGCUAAUUAAGGAUGUAAAGCCGUCACAUAUUUUAUCCGAAAUGGAAAAAGGCGAUAAGAAGAGGGAAGCAAAUUUUUUGUUGCAAAAAGUUCCUCAUAUAAUUCCUCAUAAAGAUAGAGUGGUCCUCUUCCGAAAGUUCAUUCAGGCUAAUAAAUCGUCCUUAAAUAUAACCAAUUCUCUAUCAUCCCCACGACCUACGAUAAUUACAGUACAUAGAUCUCACUUAGUUGAAGAUGGCUAUCGUCAAUUAGCAGAAAUAUCUCCUAAAGACUUAAAAGGGGUAAUUCGUGUGAAAUUUGUAAAUGAACAAGGCCUUGAUGAAGCUGGUAUUGAUCAGGAUGGCGUUUUUAAAGAAUUUUUAGAAGAAACUAUUAGUAGAAUAUUUGAUCCUAGCUUAAAUUUGUUUAAAACAACAGACGAACAAAAACUUUAUCCUUCCCCUACCUCAUUCGUUCAAGACGAUCAUCUGCAAUUAUUCAAUUUUGUUGGUAAAAUGUUAGCGAAAGCGGUUUAUGAAGGCAUAGUUGUUGAACUGCCCUUUGCUCCAUUUUUCCUUUCGCAACUGUUAGGAAAGAAGCAUAGUAAUAUUUAUAGUCCUAUUGAUGAAUUGCCAUCGUUAGAUGCCGAGUUAUACAAAAAUUUGACGUUCAUAAAGCACUACGAAGGCAAUGUCGCAGAUCUUGAUUUAACGUUUUCCUGCACCCAAGAUGUUCUUGGAAAACUCCAAAGUUUUGAUUUAACACCUGGAGGUUCCGCCCUUAACGUCACAAACGAAAAUAAAAUUCGGUAUAUUCAUUUAAUGGCCAAUUUCCGAAUGAGAACUCAAAUUAAACAUCAGACAGCCGCUUUCCUUCAGGGAUUUAAAUCUAUUGUAAAUUCAGAAUGGUUGUCAUUAUUCUCAGCUAGAGAGCUGCAAAAAUUAAUCUCAGGAGACACUGUUGAUAUAGACUUAGAUGACUUACGACAGCACACGCACUAUUAUGGUGGCUUUCAUAACAAUCACAAAGUUGUCUCCUGGCUUUGGGAUAUAUUAAAUAAGGAUUUUAAUGCUCAGGAAAGAGCACUAUUUUUAAAAUUUGUUACGAGCUGUUCUAAGCCGCCUCUACUAGGUUUUGCCAACUUAGAACCACCCUUCUCGAUCAGAUGUGUUGAAGUCAGCGACGAUCAAGAUAACGGAGACACUGUGGGAUCUGUUAUUAAAGGGUUUUUCAAUGUUCGAAAAAAAGAAACUAUGAGUCGAUUGCCAACUUCGUCUACUUGUUUUAAUUUAUUGAAAUUACCAAAUUACCAAAAAAAGAGUACGUUAAGAGAGAAGCUGCGUUACGCAAUAACGUCUAAUACAGGCUUCGAACUCUCUUAA